UUUAUGUACGUUAAGUGUUAAUUUGUUUUAAUUGUAUGUGUAUGGUGAUAAAUAGAUACCUAGAAAGUGAAACUCUCUGAAGACGACGUCCAAAAAAAAAAAAAAACUCUCUGAAAACGACGUCCAUGAAUGUGUAAAUCAAAAAUAAAUUUAAUUAGUGAAAGCAAUGCAAGAUGAGACAUCAUCUACAGCAAGUAUUGUGACAAGUAGUGACUUAAAAUUAGCUGCAAACGUCAAUGUAGUGACGAAAAUAUCAUCUUCAACAGAAAAGAAUUGUGUAAACGUAGAUAAUAUGUCGUCGAGUGGCGCAUUGAGUGCCGUCUCAACAUCGGUUGUUAUUCAACAAAGUGGUAAUCAAACUGGUAAUCAACAAUCAACACAGAAUCAAUCAAAUCAACAAUCAAAUCAAGAGAAUAAAUUGAAAACAGUGGUGAAUUCAAAUAAUAAUCAAAGUUCACCAGGAAGUGGUACAGUGAUUGUUGAUCAACAACAAUUAGUGUCAACAGUUGUGUCAUCGUCCACCGGAUCGGUUGAUCAUCAAUCGGUUGUGAGUGCUGGAACUGGAGGUGUGGUGAAUAGUGCUGGUACAACUGUUGGGGGUAACGUAAUGGUCAAUAGUGAUGGAAGUGUGCAAGUAAUCACACCUGGGACAACUCCAUGGGGUACAGACGCUGUUGAUUCGUCAUCAACAGCUUUCUUGUCUGGGUCUGGAUCGACCACGAACGGGAGUAGUCAAGGUGCAGGCCAAGGUGGUUUUGGUCGUCAAAACUAUCAACAAGGACCGCCACAAACAAAUUCAUUGGUCAGUCCAUUAGGUCGUAGAGCAAUCACAGCUACACAUAACUAUUUGCAUGCCGCUGGUGGCGGAACUAGACAACAGAUGCCACCCUCUGGACAGUAUGUUGCAGCGGUUGCAAAAAGUGGUGGAUACGCGAGCCAAGGUGGGGCGGCUGGUACAGGUGGGGCCUGGCAACCGCAAGGUACUGGAGGUAAUUGGACUUCCAGUGGUCUAUCAUCCGGCUCGACUGGCGCUGCAGCAUGGUCACGUGGUCGUUCUGUACCAAAUAUGUUGCCAAUACAGUCAGCCGGUGGACUGCAGGUGGGUCGUAAACCAAGUCCCACCUUUAGUGUACAAUCGUCAAACGUGAUGUCGUCACCAGUUAAGUUUCGACGCAGCACCUCGUACCCCGGCAAGGGCAUGUUCCCGGCAAAUGUUGUUGGUCAACCACAGCCCACAUUUGAAAUCACUAACAUGGACGAGGGAUGCGAGAUGCUGCUACCCUCUUAUCAGGAUCGAAAUGUUCCUGGAAAUACAAACAGCACAAAUCCUUUAGAAAAUAUGCGAAGUCUUGAACAUUAUUUAAACGACAUCAUGCGUGUUUUACCAGAUCAGAAUGAUGUCAAAGGAUUUAUAAAUUCAAAUACUUUACAAUCGCUUGGUGCUUUACAAGGCAAUAUCAUUGGAGGAAAAUCUACUUUUGGCUUAGACGAUCAAGCGGGUGUACUGUUAGAAGAACCUGGACAUUUAGUUGAUCCUGCUGCUCCACAGUCGUUAUCAUCUCCAUCGAGAUCUUCGCCCCACUCACCAGGUUCGGAAGGUGGUGAACGAUUUUCACGUAAAGUUUUCGUUGGUGGCUUACCACCGGAUAUCGAUGAAGAUGAAAUAACAGCUAGUUUUCGACGUUUUGGACCAUUGGUGGUUGAUUGGCCUCAUAAAGCUGAAAGUAAAUCGUAUUUUCCACCAAAAGGAUAUGCGUUUUUACUUUUCCAGGAUGAAACAUCAGUACAACAAUUGAUUGACGCCUGUAUUACUGACGAAGAUAAACUAUAUUUAUGCGUAUCAUCGCCAACAAUUAAAGAUAAGCCAGUGCAAAUCCGUCCCUGGCGUUUAUCUGACGCUGAUUUUGUACUUGAUGCAUCAAUGCCUUUGGAUCCACGAAAAACUGUAUUUGUUGGUGGCGUUCCAAGACCUCUUAAAGCAGUGGAAUUAGCAAUGAUAAUGGAUCGUUUGUAUGGUGGCGUAUGUUAUGCUGGUAUUGAUACUGACCCAGAAUUGAAGUAUCCAAAAGGAGCUGGACGUGUUGCAUUUAGCAAUCAACAGAGUUAUAUAGCUGCGAUUAGUGCCCGUUUUGUACAAUUACAACACGGUGACAUUGAUAAGCGUGUGGAAGUUAAACCGUACGUUUUAGAUGAUCAAAUGUGUGAUGAAUGUCAAGGACAACGGUGUGGUGGCAAAUUUGCACCAUUUUUCUGUGCAAAUGUCACCUGUUUACAAUAUUAUUGUGAAAAUUGUUGGGCAACAAUACAUUCACGUCCUGGACGAGAAUUUCAUAAACCAUUGGUAAAGGAAGGCGCUGAUAGACCACGUGCAGUGCCCUUCCGUUGGUGUUAACGAUGUAGGGCUUAGUUCCAGCGCGACAGAUGUACAAAAUGCGAGCAAAUUUUGGUGAUGAAAACAAUGUUAAGACAAUGAUUUUUGCACUUUUUAAAAUCACUUAUACAUAGCUAGUAAAAAAAAAAAACAUUUAGGUAGAAAAUUUAUUUGAUAAAAAUUAUUGUCACACUAAAUCGCAUCACCAAAUCGCAUUUCUGGCAACAUUCUG